AUGGUGAGCGAGUCCCCGGGGCCCGGCGCCGGUGCCCCUUGGCGACGGAGCGACGAAGCGCUGCAGGUGAAUGUGGGCGGCGUGCGGCGGCGGCUGAGCGCCCGGGCCCUGGCGCGCUUCCCGGGCACGCGGCUGGGCCGCCUGCAAGCUGCGGCGUCGGAGGAGCAGGCGCGGCGCCUGUGCGACGACUACGACGCGGUGGCGCAUGAAUUCUACUUUGACCGGCACCCGGGCUUCUUCCUGGGGCUGCUGCACUUCUACCGCACCGGGCACCUGCACGUGCUGGACGAGCUGUGCGUCUUCGCCUUCGGCCAGGAGGCGGACUACUGGGGCCUGGGCGAGAGCGCGCUGGCCACCUGCUGCCGGGCCCGCUACCUGGAGCGGCGCGUGGCACGACCGCGCGCCUGGGACGAGGACAGCGACGCGCCAAGCAGCGUGGACCCGUGCCCCGAUGAGAUCUCCGACGUGCAGCGCGAGCUGGCCCGCUAUGGCACGGCGCGCUGCGGCCGCUUGCGGCGGCGCCUCUGGCUCACCAUGGAGAACCCGGGCUACUCGCUGCCCAGCAAGCUCUUCAGUUGCGUCUCCAUUGGCGUGGUGCUGGCUUCCAUCGCCGCCAUGUGCAUCCACAGCCUGCCCGAAUACCAGGCGCGCGAGGCGGCGGCCGCCGUGGCGGCCGUGGCGGCGGGUCACAGCCCCGAGGAAGCCCGCGACGACCCGGUGCUGCGACGCCUGGAAUAUUUCUGCAUCGCCUGGUUCAGCUUCGAGGUGUCCUCGCGCCUGCUGCUGGCGCCCAGCACGCGCAACUUCUUCUGCCACCCGCUCAACCUCAUUGACAUCGUGUCAGUGCUGCCCUUUUACCUGACGCUGCUGGCCGGAGCUGCGCUGGGCAGCGCCGCUGGCUCCGGGGGCGAGGACCUGGGCGACCUGGGCAAGGUGGUGCAGGUGUUCCGUCUCAUGCGUAUCUUCCGUGUGCUCAAGCUGGCUCGUCACUCCACCGGACUGCGCUCACUGGGAGCCACGCUCAAGCACAGCUACCGGGAGGUGGGCAUCCUGCUGCUCUACUUGGCCGUGGGUGUGUCAGUGUUCUCUGGGGUGGCCUACACCGCUGAGAAGGAGGAGGACGUGGGCUUCGACACCAUCCCAGCCUGCUGGUGGUGGGGUACCGUGAGCAUGACCACAGUGGGCUACGGGGACGUGGUGCCUGUCACGGUGGCCGGCAAGUUGGCUGCCUCAGGCUGCAUCCUCGGUGGCAUCCUGGUGGUGGCACUGCCCAUCACCAUCAUCUUCAACAAGUUCUCCCACUUCUACCGGCGCCAGAAGGCGCUAGAGGCAGCCGUGCGCAACAGCGACCAGCAGGAGUUUGAGGAUGUGCUAAGUCGCAUGGAAUGCGUGUCCCAGGCAUCGAUGGAAACAUCGGGAGAGACCUCACAAGAGGGAUGGGCUACAGACCUGGAGGCCCCUGGACGGCCUUCCAGCUCUCACAUGUAUUAGAAUCAGGACUCCCCACUUCCCUGGACCCUGACAGCUGAAUCUGAGCACAUGCCCCCCGGCCUAUGUUUCCCAUGGUAGCCUGCCAUCCACCAACCUCCUGAGAAGGUGCUUCCUGCAGAGAGUCAGGACAGGAUGGCGCUACCCCGAGAUUCAUGUGUCUGGAGAAUAACCCAGAGAUUGUAACCCCUGACUUCCCAGGAAGUAGCAUGAGUCAGGGGGAGGAUGCCAAGAGGCAAAGCUGAUGGUUCCUGACCAUCAAAGCAGUAGCUUUGUUCACAUAAAACCAGAGUUCACCUUGUUUUGCAGAUGAGAAGCUGAGAGGGUUGGGGAGGUGCUUCCGUUUCCUGCCUUCCUAACCUCCUCAAGGUGUGGGGCGUCAAGGUUGGAAUUCAGGUUUGGCUUUCAUUUCCUUUCACCCUAUCUCUAAGUUGCCUCACCAAGUCUGCCUGUGGUUUUGAGGGCUGUGUGUAUUCCCUGAGGUGAGCUAGAGGGUUAUAUGAAGCUCUACACAUGUAACGGAAUAAUAUAUUAUUGGAAACCAUGCACCAGGUAUUGAUUUCUAUCUAGUCCAUCCUGUUAGUAUAUGUGAAGUGUGUGAUGGCAUCAAAGGUAGGGAAGGUCCCAACAGAUUCCAGUAAUGGAGCUCGGGGCUUCAGCUGUCACUUUUCUAGGCGCUUCCAGUAAAUCCUGUGAGGGAAUUUGCAUAUCCCACUAUACUGGGUGCUGAGGAAAAAGGGACUGGAGGGAGUCCAAGAGAGAGUGUAGACAAGAUUGGAAAAGGAGCUUUAAGUCCCCACCCCAUCUCCUUACUUUUGGCGCCUUUUACAAUGACUUCCUUGUAGAUGCUUACUCAGCCAAGCUGGGAUAGGAGAGUCAUGAGCUGGGGCCUCCCAGGUGGCUUGGAGUCAUGUUUUGUGUCACUAAGCAGUAUUUU